AUGGCUCAUGAUGUAAUAGACCCUAAGUCUAGUAUGUGUACGUGUGAAAAAUGUAAUUGUAACAAAUGUGAUUUUAAACGAGAUGCACCAAGUGAGCUUAAAGCAACCAGAUCCCAAAAUAAGUCUGAUUCUGAUGAAAAACAUUCAAGUUUAGAAACUAAAAUUUCUGUUAAAAGUGUAGAACUACCAGACACACAUACCAGCUCUAAUAAAGAGACCACGAUUGGGCAAGAAAAAUAUCCGCUUUCAAAAAUUUGUGAAAAAGCGUGUGACAUACCUGGAUGUAAAAGGGAUACAAACUUUGAAAAGACAAGUCAUAGUAAACUUGAUCAGCAAAAGUCAAUGCAUGUUUAUGAUGGUAAAAAAAAAUCUGAUGUAGCUUUACAAACUCCCGCAGGAGCAAUAAAUAGUACUACACGAGCUGACGAACCUAAUAAACUAAUUGACAAACCUGAUGAACCAAUUUUCAAAUUGGAAAAACGAAUAAAGAAACCUGAUAAACCAACUGGCAAACCUGAUAAAGCAAUUGUCAAAUCUGAUAAACCAAUUGUCAAAUGUGAUAAACCAAUUCUCAAAUGUGAUAAACCAAUUGUCAAAUGUGAUAAACCAAUUGUCAAAUCUGAUAAACCAAUUGUCAAAUCUGAUGAACCACUUAUCAAAUCUGAUGAACCAAUUAUGAAAUCUGAUGAACUAAUUGACAAACCUGAUAAACCAAUUUUCAAAUUCGAAAAACGAAUAAAGAAACCUGAUAAACCAAUUGUCAAAUCUGAUAAACCAAUUGUCAAAUCACAUAAACCAAUUGUCAAAUCUGAUAAACCAAUUGUCAAAUCUGAUAAACCAAUAGACAAAUCUGAUGAACCAAUAGACAAACCUGAUGAACUAAUUAAAACUAAGUCACAAAAUUCACAAACUGAAGAAAAUGCUACAAAAAAAUGGUGGCAAAAAGAUAAAAACAAAAAAAGCUUGAGCGAAAAUGAAAAACGAGGCAAACAUAAUACAGAAACAUCCGAGGAUAUUCUUAAAGUUGUAGACAAAAACGGACAAAGGUUGAGUGAAAUAGCAAAGCGAAGCAAAUAUGAUAAAAUAAAAUCAGCGGAUAUUGAUAAACUUGUGGACAAAAUCGGACAUAGGAUCAGUGAAAAUGUGAAGCGGAGCGAAGAUGUUAUAAAUAAAUCCGCGGAUACUGUUAAACUUGUGGACAAAAACGGACAAAAGUUGAGUGAAAAUGAAAAGCGAGGCAAAUACGACAUAGAAACAUCCGAGGAUAUUCUUAAAAUUGUAGACAAAAACGGCCAAAGGCUGAGUGAUAAUGAAAAGCGAAGCAAACAUGAUGCAGAAACAUCCAGGGAUAUUGUUAAACAUGCGGACAAAAACGGAAAAAGGUUAAGUGAAAAUGAAAAACGAAGCAAGCAUGAUAAAGAAAAAUCCGCGAAUGUUGUUAAACUUGGGGACAAAAACGGACAUAGGUUGAGUGAAAAUGAAAAGCGAAGUAAAUAUGAUAAAGAAAAAUCCGCGGAUGUUGUUAAACUUUCGGACAAAAACGGACAAAGGUUGAGUGAAAAUGAAAAGCGAAGCAAGCAUGAUAAAGAAAAAUCCGCGAAUGUUGUUAAACUUGCGGACAAAAAUGGACAACGGUUGAGUGAAAAUGAAAAGCGAAGCAAACAUGAUAAAGAAAAAUCCGCCGAUGUUGUUAAACUUGUGGACAAAAACGGACAAAGGUUGAGUGAAAAUGAAAAGCGAAGCAAGCAUGAUAAAGAAAAACCCGCGGAUGUUGUUAAACUUGAGGACAAAAACGAAAAAAAAUUGAGUGAAAUAGCAAAGCGUAGCAAAUAUGAUACAGGAACAUCCGAGGAAACUGUUAAACUUGAGGAAAAAAACGGACAAAGGUUGAGUGAAAACCGAAGCAAACAUGAUACAGAAACAUCUAGGGAUAUUGUUAAACAUGCGGACAAAAACGGAAAAAGGUUGAGUGAAAAUGAAAAGCGAAGCAAACAUGAUAAAGAAAAAUCCGCGGAUGUUGUUAAGCUUGUGGACAAAAACGGACAAAAAUUGAGUGAAAAAGCAAAGCGUAGCAAAUAUGAUAUAGGAACAUCCACGGAAACUGUUAAUCUUGAGGAAAAAAACGGACAAAGGUUGAGUGAACAUGAAAAGCGAAGCAAACAUGAUAAAGAAAAAUCCGCGGAUGUUGUUAAGCUUGUGGACAAAAAGGGACAAAAGUUGAGUGAAAAAGCAAAGCGUAGCAAAUAUGAUAUAGGAACAUCCACGGAAACUGUUAAUCUUGAGGAAAAAAACAGACAAAGGUUGAGUGAACAUGAAAAGCGAAGCAAACAUGAUAAAGAAAAAUCCGCGGAUGUUGUUAAGCUUGUGGACAAAAACGGACAAAAGUUGAGUGAAAAAGCAAAGCGUAGCAAAUAUGAUAUAGGAACAUCCACGGAAACUGUUAAUCUUGAGGAAAAAUACGGACAAAGGUUGAGUGAACAUGAAAAGCGAAGCAAACAUGAUAAAAAAAAAUCCGACGAUAAUGUUAAACUUGUUGACAAAAAUCAAGAAAGCUUGAGUGAAAAACGAAGCAAACGUAGUAAAAAAAUAUCCACGGAUACUGUUAUACAUGCAAAUGAACAAAGACACGGUUUGAAAGGUGAUAAAAUCAAUAAUGGAGCUUCUGAAUCCAAAGAUAGUCCAGGAUUUUUUCUUAAAAAACUACAUUUCAAAGGUAGCAAACAACAUGCCAAAGAAACAGUCGAACUGGUAGACAAAAAUAAACAAAACUUGAGUGAAAAUGAAAAGCGAGGCAAACAUAAUGUAGAAACAUCUACAGAUACUGUUAUACAUGUACAUAAAAAUGAAAAAAGCCAAAGUAAUGAAACACGAGGUUUGGAGGGUGAUAAAAUCGACAAAGGAGCUUCUGUACAAAAACAUACUUCAGGAAUUUUUCUUAAAAAGCUCAAGGCGGGUAAGCAUUUUCUUUCUAAACGUAUCCAACGAGAUCCCCAUCGUACAAAAACUCCAAAUGAAAAGCAACAAAAUCUUUCUCAUAAAUUUGAAAAGAACGCGGAAUGCCAGUGUCCCAGUUCCAAGACACAAGAUAUUCCGGGGGAUGUAAGUGAUAAAAAUGAAAAAAGCCAAAGCAAAGGUUUGGAAGGUGAUAAAAUCAAUAAAGGAGCUUCUGAACCUAAACAUACUCCAGGAUUUUUAAAAAAACUCAAGGCUGGUAAACCAUUUUUUUCUAAACGUAACCAACGAGGUUCCCAGGCUUCAAAAACUCCUAAUGAAAAGAAACAGAAAGAAGAAAAGAAUGAAUGUCAUUGCCCCAGUUCCCAGAAACAAAAUAUUCCACGGGAUAUAAGUGAUAAAAAUGAAAAAAUCCCAGGAAAUGCAAGAAACCACGAAGGGAUUGUGAGUGCCAACAAGAAAAUUCGCGGUACAUUUGCAAGAAAUGCAAGAAAUCACCAAAAGAUUGUAAGUGCCAACAAGAAAAUUCGCGCUACAUUUGCAGGAAAUGCAAGAAACCACGAAGAGAUUGUGAGUGCCAACAAGAAAAUUCGCGGUACAUUUGCAAGAAAUGCAAGAAAUCACCAAAAGAUUGUAAGUGCCAACAAGAAAAUUCGCGUCGCCCAGUUUACAGAAGCGGCAGCUAAGACGCACAAACAGAGUGAAGGCGGGUGCGUGUAA